AUGAGUUCGGGGCCACCACCGGGUAUUGAUCUCUAUGCCGACAUCAAAGAGAGUGUCAUCAGCCCUGUCAUUGCAUUGAUGGUACUGUCGGCGAUAUGUGUGGCACUCCGCAUUGUGGCUAAGUUUACUACCAACGUGAAGCUUCAGCUAGAUGACUACUUUCUAUUUGCAGCCUUGGUAGGUAUCCUUCUGAGGGGUGACUCGUGCUACAAAGGAAUUGGAAAGCAUAUCUGGAAUCCUACGGUCCAACUCGAAGAGGUGAUGAAAAUUCUCUGGGCAUACGAGUUUCUCUACGGCUCCGUCAUUCCGUUGACCAAACUGUCUCUCAUCUUCUUCUAUUACCGACUCUUCCACGUAUCAACCUUCCGCAAAGUUCUCUGGUUUGUGUUGUUUCUUGUUGUUGGUUGGUGGAUUGCCAUUCUUGUCACUUCCAUCGCCCAAUGCCGACCAUACAACUACUUUUGGAAGCAAUACGUGGAUCCAACAGCUAUCGGAUCAUGCAUAAAUAUUCCUCACUUCUUCGUUGGCAACGCAGCGGCCAGCGUUGCCACUGAUUUUAUGAUCCUGUUGACCCCGAUACCCAUGGUUUGGGGCCUGCAGAUGCCUGUCGCGCAGCGACUGAGCGUUUUGGGUAUAUUUUUCUUGGGUGGAUUUGUAUGCGUUGCCGGAAUUGUUCGCAUUGUUGUUUUGCUCCAGAUGUUUAAAUCGGCCGACCUAACAUGGAAUAUGUCUCAAGCAUUUAUUUGGUCUUCCGUCGAGCCCAACAUUGGUAUCGUCUGUGCCUGCUUACCAACUCUUCGACCUCUAUUGCGACGAUGCAUACCAGACUGGUUCGCGGGCAGCAGUCUCAACAAGUCCGGUUCGACACCACACUAUGGAACAGACUAUUCAUCGAGACUUCGUUCGCAGACUGGAGAUUUUUACGCCCUCACAGAUCGCAAUGGAUCAAACAAAGACAAGAGCGAUGACGAAAUGGGUUUAACGAACAAUUUUCAGUCAGAUGGACACCAGCCUCGAGUGAGCACAGGAGAUGCCGCGGCUCACGAAGAAACGCACAACGGCAUCAUGGUAAAGCAUGAGAUAAAUUGGAGUUCAACAUCGGCAUUACAUCCUCAGUGA